AUGGGAGAUGAUACGCGUGUCUCACGGAGCAGGAGCACACAGAAGACAGACGAUAACCCACAUUUGGAGACUAAGGAUCCAGACGCAGCAGAGCACAUUGAAUUCAGCAUCAUCCCAAACGGAGGCAGCAGCCCUGUGCUGGAAACGCGCUUAUACAAGAAGCGCUGGGUGAUCGUGUUUCUCUUCAGCUCCUACUCACUGUGCAACGCGUACCAAUGGAUCCAGUACGGGAUCAUCAGCAAUAUCAUGACGAAGUUCUACAACGUGGAAGCCUUCGCUAUAGACUGGCUGUCCAUGGUCUACAUGCUCACCUACAUCCCAUUCAUCUUCCCGGUCACCUGGCUGCUGGACAAGAAGGGACUGAGGGUCAUGGCACUGCUGGCUAACGCGUUAAACUGCGCCGGGACUUGGAUCAAAGUGGCCAGCGCACAACCCCACCUGUUCGGAGUGACCAUGUUUGGGCAGUUUACAAGUUCUCUGGCUCAGGUCUUCAUCCUCGGGAUGCCAUCCCGCCUUGCGUCCGACUGGUUUGGUGCCGAUGAAGUCUCCACCGCCUGCUCCAUUGGAGUUUUUGGGAAUCAAGUGAGUUUAUUCACAUAAGUAUCUGUUACAUGUCUUUAGCUCUAAAAAGAACAAGAGAAAUAAACCAAAUACCAUCUCUCAUCAGAUUAACCUUGAGUAGAUCCAACCACAUGGCUGCAUUAAACCCUUAAGGGGCUUUAUGCAAAUAUUUUGCAUGGGGCCCCAACUGCACUCCAAUCUCAAAAACUAUUUAGAGAGAUGGAACAAGCUGCUGAAAAUGUAGCCCCAGAUUACAUUCAUGUAAUCAACUAGGUAUCUACUAAAAGGGGGUUAAAUCUUCAGCACAGGAGCCUUUAAAUACACAACAAACAUGACUUUCCCCCCCUUGGUUGUUAUUGUACAUAUGAGGGGUAAAUUCUUAAAAAAAUGUAUGAUGAAACCAAUAUCCAACAACCAAAUAACACACAUAUUAGCACAUGUGACUUUUAUUGUGCUUUCCAUUAAAAAAAAUAGUGAAAUUCUUCAUGAGGAUCUACCCCUGAAAUAAUCUCUCAGGGUCCUUGGACAGCAUUGAAUGACCAUGCACCCCACGACAUAUUCAUUUUGAUUCAGUGUGCUUUUUGGUCAUUCUUCCUCUUUCCUUUUUUUCAAUGAUGGACUGAAUGUGUGCGGAGUGUGAAUAAACAAACCGUUUAUCAGAUCUUUCAAACUUGCUGGUAAAACUUCUCUGCUGUUAUAGUCAGGCAUGAGCUGGUAUUUACUCUGGUUAUCCAUAGUCUGAUGUAGUGAGGCAGACAGCCACGUGUGUCUGUGCUAACGUGUAAAAGCUUAUCUGCAUACUCAUUCACAGUGCCUGCUUACUCUGAAAAAAGCUUAUCAGGAUUUAUGGAUUUCCCUUGUUUGUUUGCCCAUGUCGGAUGGAUUUGUUGGGGCAAUGCAGUGACUUCAUGUUCAGCCUUCAAUAAACAGUCAUUGUUGGAAGAAUUAGUUUAUUUGGAUUUUUUAUUAAAAACAGAGUUGAUAUAAAAUCUAAAAAAAAAUCCAGUUUGUAGUAUAAAUCCUGCAUCAGAAAGCUGCUUGAGGAGUUAAGUACAGGGGGAUUAAGAGGAAAAAUGUGCUUCAGGUAUCAAAAGUCUAAAAUCAACAACUCUCGAUACACGCUCCCACUUAUUACCUAGCUACCAACAUGAGAAGGUUGGCACAACAUAUCAACUUGAAGCAGGUUGUUUUGAUUUAGAAAUAAGUGACACUAAACUGAACUUUUUGAUUCAUGGUCAAGUAAAGACUUCAGCUUGCUUGUUUGUUAAAAUCCAUAAUGAACCAGCUCUGCUGUUGUUGCUAGAUUGUCAACUCUCAAGACCAGCCAGAGAUAGAAACAGAGAGUGUUAACAGAUUGAGGUGAAAGUGACUGAAACUUAAAAUGUGUUGAUUUGAUAUGAGACAUGUGAUCUUCCUGGUGUUGCAUUUGCUGUUCAGAAAUAAAUCACUAUUGUUAAGGGGCUUGAGCAGUCAGAAUCAAGUAUUUCAUGUAAGGGUGGAUUUUAACACUGUUGUACCAGUGUUUGAGGAAAAAACAUAUUGGUGAAUUAAUAUAGUACUUCUCUAUGGGCUCUCUAACUUUUUCAUAGUAAAUAAAACCAUCAGAGAAUAAAGAGGUGAUAUUUCUCUCUCUGGUAAACUACAGUUGCCCACAAAUCACGGACAUUUGGUAACAUGCCCAAACUGGGCACUGAUUCUGUUGCAUGUUCAAAGUCAUCACACAAAAGGAAUAUCAAAGGCCCUAUGUGUUUUUUUUCUUUUUUGUUUACAUUAACUAAAUGACCUUCACAUUCAAAAAAGACCACCAGAAACAAGACUGAUGAUUUUUAAUGGUAAUUUUGAGUGUAAGAAACCGGUGUGAGGGGCUAGGUGUCAGCUGAGCAUGAACAGUCAUUAGGUGAAGUGGGGUGAAAAGUAAACUUACCUCAGUAAUGAAAGACCAGGAUAGAAUAGGCCCACAAUACAUCAAAAGUGCACUAGUAACAUCUUGUAUUUUAGGUGCACAAAAAGAUGUUACACAGACCUGAGCUAUACUGUUACAAAGCAUUUAGCAAACACAACGUCCAAGAACAAAGUAUUGUGCACCAAGGUAAACCUCCCCUUUUGCACCAAGCUGCAGGAAGUCAGUAUGUAUUCAUGUUGAAACAGUUCCAAACCCUUAUCAAAGUCUAAUUUUGUUUCCCUGUGUUAAUAUGUGUAAUCAAGUGUAGCAGAGUAACCAAUGUAUCCCGCAAUAAAACUGGGCUUACUUUAAUUACUUUGUGCCACCCAAACAGUUUCUCUUUUAGGAAAGCAGCCUCCAUCACCCUUCUUCAAAUGUUCUUGUGCAAAGGGCAUCUUUGGAGUGGGUCUUUACCUCUGCAUUUUUAUUGACCAAAAGCAACUAAAUGGACUUGAUUCUAUGUGUGCUCUAAAUAGCUUACUGUAUUUAGAUAAAGUAGGGAUGUCAAACACUGCCAUAGUUACACAUUUAUUUUCCUCACAUUUUUAUUUCUAAAAACUUAAUAAGUUCAAUAUUUUUUUUAAUAUAAACUUAAAGUACUUAACUUAGAGAAAGUAUAUUCAUAGAGCUCUGAACUCUGUUUGUUUUGGGGUUGGCAUCUGUAUGGGAAAUGACGUGUCCAGUUUCGCCACUCCCCGUUGGCACAUCACAUAAUGUUUGUCUUACAUAGUAAAUCAAUGCCGCCGUGCUCCAGGUAUAGUAAUACAGAGGUUUUUUUUUUACACUUUACAUGUUUCUGUGCGUAAACGUGUCAUCUGAAUGCUAGCAUGUUUGGGGUUGAAGCCAUGUUUACUCCUCGCGUGACUUUCGGGAAGCGUAACAUGAUCGCGAGGAAGCUCACAGCCCGGAACAGUGACUGUGUUUUUAGAUAUGGAGGAAGAUUAUGAGUAUAAAUUUGUUUUACGACCGCAGUUAUCUGCAGUGAUUACCUGUUUUAUUGCGCUGGAAACAAGACGAAUAUGUUGCAAUCAAUGUGAUUACCAGCCCAUGUAAGAUGAGUUAUUUCAUUAAAGAUUUCCUUUACGCUCGAAAUACCAGUGGCGCUGGUAUUCCCUUUAAGAUUCGUAAGAAGUGUAACCAUACUGUGCAUUUGGGUUGCAGUUUCAGUUGCCACCAUAAGAGCGUUUUGUCUCUCCUUUUCUCCCUUUUACUCCUUCCAUUCAUGGGUUCCCUUCAUGCAGGCAGAUGCGGUUCGGAGGGGGGCUACUAGCUGUAAGGGGCACCAAUGUCAGGCAUCUGGAAAAUUCCAGUCAGUUUAACCUGCUGAAGACAGUUACAGCAACCAACUGAGAAAACAUGCAGUCUGUUCAGAAAGAAAAAAACAAAAUCUUAAACAUAUGAUUCAUGGCUUUGGGUGGUUGAAAAGAGCUGCAGUGGUGCUGACAUGUUAUGUUUUUGAAAGCCAGUAAGCUGUCAGUAAUCACAAAUGUUAAAUUUGAAGUUAAAGACAGAGUAUAUAUUUGCCCUCACCCAUAAAGCCAUUCAUAAUUAUCAUUAUCAACAAUCUGACUGUUAUCUCUCUAGCACAAAAAAACUCUAAAAACAGUCAUAAAUAAAGGUGCAAGCUACAAUUAACAACUAAGUAUCCAUGUUGAUCUGUUCAGACUUAGACUUUUGUCAAAUGGGAAAUAUGGAGCACAGUGAACAUCAUUUACAAGAGAUGCCAUUGUGUCUUUCCUCUGGCAAGUAUUGUAUGCAGAUUGAACAUUUUGUAGAAGAGGAAUUACAGUUCCCUGUGUCAUGACAUCAAGUUUCACUUCUUCACAAAGGCCCUUUUUGAAACUUUCAAAGGAGUGCUGUGGAGUAGUUUUGCCAGAGUCACACACUGGACCUUAAAAAAUAAGUUUGAUCAGGUGCAUGUGCAAAUUUGACUAGGUUUUGGGGCAUGUUCAAGCCCCCAAAUAAGCAUCAUCACAAAGUAAUGGUAUUUGCAUUAUUAUGCAUGCUAGUUACCCUGUUGCUCUUGUUUUGUAAAAAGCUAUGUGUUGUCAGCACCGGGGGGCUGAUUAUAAAACCAAAAGAACACUACCCUGAUUUAAACUUUGUGACUGCACUGUGAAUGUAACCUUAUUUAUGAUAUCAGCCAGCCUCUGCUCUGUCAGUGUUUUAAUACCGAGACAGAUGAUGUGAUAUUAAGUGAUUGGACACUGGAAAAUCCAAUUAAUGAACCCCAAACAGUCUACUUUAAUAACUGGUCUUUGAACAGUUGGAUAUUGUCGUCUUGUGUUUGCGCACAGAGGCGUACUUCCGCUCUGUAGUCAUGGAUAAGCACAAUAGAAUAACUUUAAUAGUGUAGUAAAACAGUGUAGUUGCACUAUUUAGCUUCCAGUACUGCUCCCUCAGAGCUUUUUCCGUGGUUGUGUUGUUGCCAUCCACACACAACCGGGCUUUAUGUGUGACAAAACAAACACUAUGAUAACAUUUAUCUAGUCUCUUUAGUUUGACACUUUUUACAUUUCCUGAUAAACUUUUGGUCUUCAUUAAACGGACUUUAGUUUCUUUGCACACCUUCACAUAAGAGUGCGUGUCUGUCAUGUGCCUGUCUUAGCAAUAAAAUCCGACUACUGUCAGCGACUGUCCCACCUUAGUUUCGCAUUCCUCAUCUGCUGUCAGGUGCUUGCUGAAUCUGUGACAUAAGCUUGAAGGAGGAGUAAAACUAACAGAAAAAGUCCCAUCACAUGAUCGAAGAGGUGUUAAACUACAGAACAGACAGGCUAGUGUUGACAGUCAGACUAGCAUGUAUGUGGUUGCUGGUUUCCAAGUAUUGCUCAUUAUAUUUGAAACUGCACCCCAGAUCCACUCAGAAGGAGUAAUUAGCAGUAAUCUCCACUUAAAACACAGCAGGAGCGCUUGUUUUUGAUCAGCAUGUAGGAAAUACCUGCUGGGUGGGAGGGGUUUGUCAGGUAAACUGCCACGGUGUUAAGAGGACACACACACAAGGAGAAAAUGUUUGCUUUUCCCUGCAGCAGUUAAGAGACAGCCGGAAGAAAAGGCGAAUGUCAACAUGAGCUCUCAGGAUGAGUUGUCUCAUGAGUGGACGGACGGUUGUGUGAAAUCCAGAGACUAUGAUUGGACAAUAAGAAAAGAGCGAACCAGUUUAGGAGAGUAUAACCAACUGCCUCUGCAGGACAGUUUAGAGACUUCAGGCUUGGACUCGGCACAACUCAUCCCUCUAAUGGAGACCAAACUGUACAAGCGACGGUGGGUCAUGCUCUUCAUCUUCAGCGCUUACUCCAUGAGCAACGCCUUCAUGUGGCUGCAGUACAGCAUCAUCAGUAACAUCUUCAUGCGCUUCUACAACAUAGGCCCCCUGGCCAUCGACUGGCUCUCCAUGAUCUACUUCCUCACCUACAUCCCUCUCAUCCUGCCGGUCAUGUGGCUACUUGACAACCGGGGUAUGAGGGACGUGGUGGUGGUGGGCUCAGCCUUCAACUGUAUUGGGGCCUGGAUCAAGACCAGCACAGCCCACCCCAGUAUGUUCCCCAUGACCUUCUUUGGACAGUUUGUGUGUUCUGUAGCCACUGUUUACAUCCUGGGAAUCCCAUCAAGACUUGCGUCCUUGUGGUUUGGACAGCAGGAGGUGUCCACUGCCUGCUCCAUUGGAGUUCUGGGAAAUCAGGUGUGUCUCCACUUAGCUACCUACUUGUUAGGCUCAACAUGUUUUAGCAGUGUGGCUUUGUAAACUUCUCUGUGGGAAAGAGUGAAAGACCUUUAGCACUUCCUCUUCAUCUAAAUCUAACAGUGUUAAAAACAGGCAGGUACAUGUUGUCACGUGUCAGUAUGUGCCACCUCGAAUGUCUGCCCGUCUGAGUCUGUGCGAUCUUUCUGUUUUCUGUCUUCUUCCUGAGUCAGCAGGUUGAUCAUGAAUCGCUUUCUCUGCUGGUGGAAGCUGAAGGAGUCCUGUCUUCUUUAGUUUAGAAACCAGGUGUCUUGCAGAGUUAAGCACUGAGCAAACAUACAUACAUUUAGGGAUGCAGUGAUACGUCAGCUGAAUAUCAGUACCUGCCUUGAUGACAAAUAUUGACCUGUUUGUAGUAGCUGAUGUACUGUGUAUUUGGCGCUUUAAUCUAGUGAGGCUGUCUGCUAUGGCAUGUAGAACAUGCAAAGUUGAUAGAUAAGCUGUGAAAGUAUGAGCUCAUAGCUAGCUUUCCAACAGUUUUCUAGCUUUAGACUAUCUCCUAAAUGCUUAAUUUGGAUUCUUGAUCAGAGUUAGGAGGUUUAGAGUUUCAUUUGGAUGACUUGGCUUCUUUCCAAACCCAUAAAAAGCCCGAUAUUACAGUUUGUGAAGCAUAACUUUUAGACUUUGAGCUCAGAAAACUGCCUACCAGGGGCAGAUCCAACUUUUUCAGUCGGGGUGGCCCACAAGGCACCGCUGAGGCAGCGGAAAGUAUACAUGAAUGAAUGGUAUUUACAUCUUUUCUAUGUAGGCCAAUCAUGUCCACUUUGACUACUGGCCUCAAAGUACACAACAGAGUGGCAGGAUAUCAAAUUCUUGACUCAAAACAAGUUGCGUGUCUGAAAUCAAAAGGAAACAUGACUGCUGCUAACCCUGUUGUAACAGCUUGAAUAGUUUCUAGCAAUCACAGUUUAGGACUUAAAGCCAAUCAGAUUUUAAGAAGGAGCUACUAGCACCCAGACCACCCAUCUCAGUCUGCCCCUGGCACUAAUAGAAAACAAGUUGUGCUUAAAGAUGUGUUUGAGCAGUAAAAUAUCAGUUUCUUAUUUCUUAUGGACUGUAAGUUUUUUUUUUUCUUUUAAACACACCCUCAAAGAAGGCAAGUAAUGUGUGUGACAAAGACUGCCCUUAACUGCAUUCCCAUAGGUGUAGAGAAAGCAGUCUCAAUAUGACCAAGUGUAUCAGAGUAAAAAAAAGAAGAUGUUUCAUGAGUUUUUUCUGUGUAUUUGUUGUUUGUUGCUCUUAUGUAGAUUGAAGCAGGUAACUUUAUCACCUGUCUUCAAGAGUUUUUUCAUUUUCGGAGUAAGGUAACUGUCCAGUGAGAUUACACUGAGAAUGCUGUGUCCUGAGCGAGCUAACCAGCGCUCUUGUUAAGGUUCUUUGAGGUCACUUCACCUUCCUCUUUUAACACUGAAUGUUUAUUUAACUUGCUUAGUCAUCUGAAGCCUGGGGGAGCUAAACCUGAGCACGGCAGUCUUAAGCUUUGAAGACCAGAACAGAUUUGCUACAGAGAAGCAGAAAUUUUGUGUAUUUUGUGUAAAGUGAUAGUUCAUAAAAUUUGUUGAGGAAGAAAGUGUCUUCAUACUUCAGUUAAGCUCAAAGUUAUUCCCUUGGUGCAAGCCAAUAAAAACAGCCAGUGUACACUGGUAGAGCUAUAUGUACAGAUUCCCUGAGGCCAUAACCUCACAAACUCUUUCCUCUUAAUUUGAAGUUUGUCCUCUCUCACCUGCUUUUUGCCAAACACUGCAUACCGGUCAUUGUCACAAAUGUUCUUGUUUUGUGCCCAAAUCCUGCACCCUGCUGUUUAAGAUCAAGGGACACAUUGUUGAUGAUGUUGACUUGCUCAACACGACUUUAUUCCUUUGGCGCUGGCCCAUGAACCUGAUUCUUCCAAGCUUUUAGGCCGAAGAACAUUAUACAUCCUCUUGGAUGUUUAGAUAUAAGCAGAAAAUAGGAAGAUAGGAUUUACAUGAAGGCCUUUAAUACUUUGAAGAUCAGAGUAAGGGUUUGUGUGCCAAAAGUAACUUCAUAAAAGAGGCUAAAAUGAGCCUUUGUUUUUUUUAGCAUGUGAAAAAGAUCCACAAAUCUGCAAAGCAUGAAAAGGGGAUGCAAAUACCCGCCCACUAACAUCAUUUCACAAGUGGCAUGACAUUAUAACAGUAUCAAAAUAGGGUACAGGUUGCAGCUGUGGUCUGUACUGGGAAGACAAAGACAGCUUAGUUCAUCAUCAGGAUCCUGCUUAUCAGUUCAAUGUCACACUGAUGGAAAAACAACCUGUGAGUGAAAUUGCAACAUUCAUGUAGUUUCAUGGCUGUAGCAGAAAAGCGUCAGUCCCAACUCCAAGGCCAUACUUCUACUUUCCUAUGCUCAUUAAAAAGAAACAGAUAUGACUCUGCAAGCAUUCACACCAAGUGAUGUUCAGUAAAUGAUGAUUAACAUACGUAUAUAAUGAUAAAAUACAAAUGUGAUAGCAUACACAUACAAUUUUUCUGUCAAGUUCCUAUUUUGGCAUCAGAAAGAUCCCAAUAAUAAGCUUUGCAGUAGCUUAUAUUAUAUAGAUGAUAUCAAUAUUGCAAAGUUUCAAAUGUGCUGUAAAGCCCAACAGAUAUACCCUUGGAUCUCAGUGGAUCUAAUGUAUUUCUGUGUUUGAACACCUCAAACAUCCUUCACAGGCUUGUUCCUCCACCAGGAACACGUCGUCUUGUCACCUUUUGCCUUCUUCCUUCUCUCACUUUUCCCCUAGAGAGGAGGGACCGCGGCUGGUGAAUGUUCUUGAGGCUGUAGGAAGCUGUGGAAGUUGGCACUGCUCAUGUGGUAUUCAAAUUUGUGAAGUUUAGUUCCCACCCAUUCCCCCAUAGCACCCAGAACUGUCCAUUUAGAUUUAUCAUUUUCUGCUGGAGAGUUUGAUGAAAUGGUUGCUACCACUUUUGCACAUAUUAGGCAUGGUGUAUAGUGAACUGGUGUUCAUACAAAGUAGAAUCCUGAUAGGGUAACACCAUUUUACUGUACAUUAUCCCACCAAUUACCCGGCUACCAGCUCAAGACAUUAACAUGUAGAAAAAAAUAUUGAUUCAGAUAAGAGUGUAUUGAUUUAAAAAGAAUUUAUUUAUUCAACAAACAAAAAAUAUUCAACAGUUAUGGACAGAAACAGGCAAUUUCACCUCAGUGUCAACAGGCAGUGGUGAAGUCUGCCAGACACCUCAACACCGAUUGAUUGACUAUGAUGUGUGUGAUCCAGUUGUCUCUGGUGGUACUUUUGUUGUUGAUAAUUGAAUAGCAUUGUUUUGGGGUUUUGAGCCUAUUUAACACUGCAGGGUACUUCAAAAUAAAGCCGGGUAAUAAAUGUUGAUAACCAGCAGCUGGCUGGUUUGAUGAGCAUUAAGAUUGGAAGCAUGUAGCUGCUCCAACACUCACAGUCAAACUUAAUUAGCAGAAGCUUAGCUGGACCUACCCCUGGAUAAGCAUCAUGACGUUGCAUGAUGUUUUGACUUUUAAUUAAUUAAUUUUUUUUUCACAUUUGGAGAAAGCUGGACCAUGCUAUGAUAUGAUUCUCUUACCAGCCACCAGCUGUCAACAUCUGACAAAUUUAACAUUUGUAGAGUUUCAACUUGCUGGAUAAAAAUAAAGCUAGGAAAUGUUCAUAUAAUCUGAAACCAUCCUAGUUACAGUUUAUCCCUGACAUAGUUUCACUGUCUCCAUCAUCUACACUGAUUUGUUUGCACUUGGAGGUAACCAGGUAACCAUCACUCUGUUACUCACACAGAUGUUAAGCUGUUAAGUGACAGUCAUUGAACAUGUUUUUCUUUUUUAUCGUUUUUUUUUUCCAAAUCUUUUUACAUCCAUUUCUUUCUUCAUAUUAUCCUCUUGAAUUCUGAAUCAUGCUUUCCCCCUCACAUGCCUUUUUAACUGCUUUUUUGUAUGUAUUUGUGCAAGUGUAUGUAUGUGUGUGGAUUUAAGAGAUGCAGAUAUUUAUCCUUUUUAUGUCCCUGGUUUACAGAUGGGCAUUGCCAUUGGGUUCCUGGUCCCCCCCAUCCUUGUGCCUAAUGUGGAUGAUUUGGAUGAGCUGGCCCACCACAUCAGAAUCAUGUUCUACAUCAGUGCAGGGGUGGCCACCCUCAUCUUCGUCCUGGUCAUCAUCGGUGAGUUUGCAAGUGGAGCUGAUUUACAUCGGCAGACUGAUAGAUGCGAGCGUAGGGGUUUUUUGCUCAGUCAUGCAAUAGAAACCUAUACUGCAGCUCUCUUUCAAUUCAAAGCCAUGCUAUUCUAGUUUGUUUUCAAAUUUCUAGAGAAUGAAAUGUUGACCAGUCAGGGUCCAUUGUUUGUCUGCAGUUCCAUUCAUUCCUUAAUGGUAGAGCUGCUCCCUUGGUUGCUGGUCUUUCCUGGCAGCACUGUUGGAAAGCUGAGUCCCCCUGAAGUGUCCUUUCCACUGAAAACUCCACAGCACUGCAGCUCAGCUCUGGAAGAGCAGCUGCAAUAAUUGCCAUAAUUGUUCACUCCUUGAUGGGAUGUGUUUUGACACAAUGGGAGAUGCAAGCAAGUAGUCAGGAAGUCAUGGAAGUGUUUUAUGUAAUCUUCUUUCCCCUCAACACCACUACGUCCUCCUUUCAUCUCCAGGAAAGACUGAAACUCACAGACAGUCAGAGAAAUUUAGUGAAGCUUCAACACAGAGGAUUUGUUCAAGGAAAUAUUCACUCUGGCACAGAGGUUGACAAAAUAGUGUAUAGAUCAGGUUAAAAGUUGCACCAUACUUGUAAUAUAAUGCUGUCAUGUUCAGAAGGAUUGUACCAUUGAAAUAGAGAGGAUUAUUUCCUCUCCUCAGAAUAAAAUAAAACAUCUUAAUAUUUUUCUUUACGUUUACAUUCACAAGUCAGCUUUCAUUCAUUUUAAUGUUUAAAAGUCAUAUUAAAGCACAGGAAAAAAACAAAGUUAUAAGACUAGACUGAAUUGGCAGUAGGAACCACAGACGCCCCCAUGCCUGCCCUGUACCAACACACAUUCAUGUUGUUUUAGUAGGCCUUGUUGGCUACGUGACAGAAAUGCUUUUUCCGUUAGAUUAUAUCCUUAACACACUUGUAAUCUUACAAAAUAUUUGCACGUGUGUGUUUGUUAUCCAGUGUUUCAGGAGAAACCAGAGAUCCCUCCUACACAGGCUCAGGCUCAGGCCAGGAACAUCCCUCCUGAGGAUUACUCCUACACUGCAUCUAUCCUGAGGCUGCUACGCAACAAGCCCUUCAUGCUCCUGGUGGUCAGCUAUGGUGGGUCUCCUACAUUCACAAAGAGACAGCUUUUCAUCCUGGGCAGCUUACUAAUAAAUCUACUGUGUACUUCCUUUUUCUAAAAUUUAGGCUUAAAAAAGUGUGAAAUAUCUAGCACAAGCAACCACCCAAGACCAAAGGCAUGAAAAAUAAUAUUAAAAACUAAUUAAAUCAGAACAAAAAAAAUGAUCAGAUUGGAGUCAGUGUGGCCUCUAAGAGGACAAUGUUCUUUUUCAUCAGUUACCAAGAUUAGUUGUCUUGUGUCAUCACAGUGACAUUGUAACACUCAGUUCAUGUUGCAUUUCAGUAGUUUGGACAAAUAGUCUUUCUUGCUUUGGAAAGACCUGUACUGAGUGAAAUUACCUUGAAGUGCAGAAGUGGAAGCCAUAAUAAAAGCUGCCUGGGUUCUAUAAAUGCUAAGAAAAGGUGCUUCAGUAUUUUCUUUCUGUAGCGUUGAAAACACCGGACCAUACACCACAAGAGGCAGAAGGUUGUCCCACAAUUCUUUGCAGUGGGUGCUUUUAAAGUGAUGCAUUGGUGGACAUAACAGAAGAGUUGCAGGCUCACUUUGUAUACAUAGCACACUUGACAUCAAUUUUAUACCAGUUCAGUCAGAAGUCGUUUGAUGGUUAUGACUGAGGAAGGUUGUGUAUAAGAAACUCCUCUCAAUGGCUUCAGUGUUGUGACUGUUAUUGAACGGUAUCCUUUUUCUCCACUUCCAACCAUCAAGCGGUCAGUAAAAAUGGUAACUAGAAAAGCACUCGGAGAGCGCAGACCUCCGCCAAACAGCUCAUGUCCCCCCUUAUAUUGUGAUUCACACCAAAACUUUUACUGUUACGUGUCUUUUAUUAACUUUUAUUAGUGUUUAAACUGGUAUGUUCACUGUUCAUAAUGUUCCUAAAACAACAAAGCUCAUAUUAGAUACAUAAAUGCAUGAUUUAUUUUAUUGAGGUGAAAGGUCAAAAAGACGUAGAAGCCUAAAAGUAGACUCUACUUAAUCAUGUUUCUGAGAACUUAUCAUCUUUAUCAGCUGGUGAAGUUGACAUGAGGAUGUGUCAUCAUUACACAUGUCGACUCCGGUAUGCUGCCUAUGUGUGAAACUGAUCUAAAGGUCUUUUGAGGUGUCACUUUCUUUUGGUCAAAGGUCACCAUUUAAUGAUGUCAUAGGAACAAUCCUUAGUUUAUUGGCCCACAAUAGUCUGUAAGCCUUUGAAGAAGUGUAUUUUGAGGUCUUUUUAGAGGUAUUUCUGCACCAGACAGCACUAAUUGACCAGUCGUAAAUCUUUUUUACUUAUUGGCUUAUUUUUUGUCAUCUGUAGGGCUGAACGUUGGCUGUUUCUAUGCUGUUUCCACACUGUUGAAUCGGAUGAUCAUCGAACACUAUCCUGUAAGUCCUAGUUAGUUUCUUAAACAUGAAUCUGCAUGAAACAGCUAUGUCCAAUUUUGUAUCUGUUAUUUCUACCUUCCCUUCUGCCAUAUUUCUAAUCCUGAAUAGGCUCAGUGUCAUGAAAACAUUAAUGGUCUUCUUUGACACUGAUGACUAUAAAGCUUCCAUAAAAAUGACUUUAAUACAAAAGAACUGUGGUCUGUGAGUUUUAAAUGUUGUGAUAGGAUAACUGCAGGUAGAAAUAUGAUUUUUGGGAUUGAAAUGUUUACGUUUCUCUUCUUUCAGGGUGAAGAGGUGAAUGCUGGGAGAAUUGGUCUGACUAUAGUCAUUGCUGGCAUGGUGGGGUCCCUUAUAUGUGGCAUUUGGCUGGACAAAACCAAAACCUACAAGUGAGAUUUUUCUAUGUAUUACAGUUUUUCUGUUGACUUUAUCUGCUUCCAAAUGUUUUUUUUUUGUUUUGUUUUGUUGCACAAAUUACUAACACAACAACCUUUAGAAAAAGAAGAGCCUUCGGUACCAGGAUUUAUGAGACACUACUCCAGGUGUAACGUGAAGGCUUGCAGCUCUCAACAUUUGAUGACAGACAUACUAGCAUGCAAACACUCUCCCACUCCUGUCGUGGAAAUUGCAGUGAUUUUUGUUUAUGUGCUUCCAGUUUAUUUCAACAAUAAAUUUCUUACUUUCAUAACACCCCAUACUUACAAGAAGAGGAGUUAUAAGCAUUGCUUUUUAUGGCAGUUCAUUAAGCUAAAUGCACAGCCGAGCAUACUAACACUAUCACUUGGACAUGUUCUCUUACUAUGCUAACAUUCACAUUCCUUUUUGCUAACUGAACAAAGGUAUGAACAUUUUCAAGUUGAACCUUUAGCCAACAUGCUAACAUUUUCUACAAAACAUGAAGGAGAGAUAAAAAGAAGUACAGCUAAGGCUAAAGGGGAAUCAAGCACAACAUUUACAAAUUAAAAUGAUGAACUUUCAACCAUGAUGGUCCAUGAUGACUUCUCAGUCAGGCAUAGAGAUAAACUUCUCCAACAGGAUUUUGAGUCUUCAGUCAGUCUUGCUGCUGCAGUUUUGGUUGUACUGUUAGACUCGCUUGGAUGUCGACUAAAUCCCCCGUUCACGUGGAGAUGUCUCGGCAAAUCAAAGCUUUUGUCCAAAGGAAGCAGGGAUGAGAAUCCAGCAGAACUGAGUUUCUGAUGUGAUGUUGCUCUUCACUUAUCUCAGCUGACAAGCUUUACUCUGCUGGCCCUGCUGGGUCACAUCUCAAGCCUUUUGCCACUCCACUGAACAUGCAAAAUACAAAUAAUUCAUUUUUAUUAACCGAGAUUUUCAUUUGGUGUCUGAAUAUUGAUGCUAAUAAUGAACUUUAAUGUCUUUUUUUUGGGCCCAGUGGAUUUACUAAUUCUUAUUCUCGGUAGUAUUUGAGUCAUAGGUGUUUGGAUCUGUGCCUUCAGUGAACUGGCAUGCAAACUAUUAUGUCUGGAAAAAGAAUCUCUUGUCCUCAGAUUCCUUUCAUGCCAUUAGGAUGCUUUAGCUGUUUCAGCACUCAAGCCCAGAUCUAUGUUGUUGACCCUUACAUCCCUUUUGUCCCAUGAGGGAGACUAAAGGGACUUUGUUGAAUUAACAAAACACAGGGUUGGCCGUGAGACAGCUUCACCAGUGUAAGCCUGUUUGUGCAGGUGGCCUGAGUUUUGAUAAGAGGGCUACAGUGAUUCCUGAAUAGUUUUGGUACUGAGAAAUGAGCUUUAAGUGAGAGAUCUAUCAGAGAAAAAAGACUCAACUAUUUGUCCUUAAGAUUAUAUCAAUGAAAAAGUGAUAACUGAUGAAAUGCAAGUGAAUCACUUGAUGAUGCAUCAGAGUAUUUGAUUAAUGAAGAAUACAAAAAGCCCUUACAAGGUGAAUCAUCGUAGUGCCACCGUGAGGAGUCAUGAAGUAAAUCAGUGAGUCAGAUUAGAAAGGGGAUCUGUUCAGAGUGCCUUACUAUUUUAUAAAUAAAUGAUCAAUAAUAGUUGUAUCACACAAGCCAGGACAAGGAGGUGCUGCCAAAGAGAUAUUCUGUGCCACUCUGAAAAACAAAUAAAAUGAGAUGUGUGUACACGGAAAAGCUAUUUUUGUUGUGCAAACAGAAAAGCUGUCUGGUGAAUUGAUUGUGUGGGAGUAUUUCCUUUUUCUUAUCAGCUUGACCAAGCCUGUAGCCAGUAAUUUAAUUAUUGAUAUUAAACCCAAAUUAGGCCAAAUGGGAUUUUUCAAGAUUAUCUGGAGUAUUUAGAAUAAUGCAGUAUUCUCCUCAAAACACUUGGGAUACUUCUCAAUUUUCUCAGUUUUCAAACAAGCAGUGUCUUUAAUCUUUUUCUUUUACUGUCUCAUCAGACAAACUACUUUGGCCAUUUAUCUUCUUUCUCUGAUCGGGAUGCUGGUCUACGCCUUCACCCUCAACCUGGGUCACCUGUGGUUGGUGUUUGUUAUGGCUGGACUUUUAGGGUAAGUUACCAACACAGAGGCCAGAAAGAUUACAACCAGGCCUUCAGAAUUACAGGUAUAAUUUAUUUCCAUACAAAUUAUGAGGAAAAAUGAAGAGUCGCAGGUACAAUUUUCAGCUUGUAAGUGACUGCACUGAGCACUGCUUCACUCAUCUGCAAAAGUGUCAGAUUUUUCUUCUCUUUCAAAAUCUCUGUGCAUUUUGAUUUAUAAUCCCAAAAAUAUAAGGUUAACACUGACUCUAACCCUCAACUGUAUUUUCAGAUCCUAUAAAUUCAAAGAUAAGCUAAUAUUUCUUUGUAUUCCUUCAUCUAGCUUCAUUUCAGAUUUGUCAACGUAAAAUUAAAGCUCCUUCUCAUUCCUCGGUCGACAUGCCUUGUCCUUACAAACAUUGCUAUUUGUGGUAAGCUGAUUACAGCCAGAGUUGGUUUCCAUGGCAAAUCCUCUGUCUGGUUUUUAUUCCUCGAAAUUCAGACAGGAUGUAUUUGACAGCAGUAUACACUUGUCCUACUUUCACGUUCAUGGAGAUUGUUCUGCUGUUCUGGUGUAGAAUAAACACUUUUGUUUAAACUAUAGAUCAAUCUUUCAAUCUGUCUGUCUGUCUGUCUGUCUGUUUGUCUGUCUGCAGCUUCUUCAUGACAGGGUAUCUACCUCUGGGCUUUGAAUUUGCCGUGGAGCUCACCUAUCCAGAAUCAGAAGGAACCUCAUCAGGACUCCUCAACUGUUCAGCUCAGGUUGGCAUUAUCUCCAUCUUUAAUCAAGAAAACCAACUUAAGAUGUGACGGUUUUCUUUUGUCUUUGCAGAUCUUUGGAAUCAUUUUCACCAUCGCACAGGGGAAGAUCAUCGAUGCAUGGGGGACUUUAGCAGGAAACAUCUUUCUGUGCAUUUUUCUGCUAAUAGGAUCGAUAAUGACUGGUAUGAUUUUAACCGGUUAUCUGUUUUCGUGGCACUUAUCUUUAGAGAAAACACACAACUGUGAACUCAUCUCAGCAGAUGUGGACAUUGAGCUUUUAUAGGUUGGAGAACUGUAAAAAAUAAUGUUUACGUUUCUUAAAUUACUCAUACAGUCUUACUCUUUUAAAGGAUAAGACUGCCCCCCAGUGGCAAAAUAAAGAACCAGCAUUUAGAAGAGGCGCAACUCAAUGAAAAUGUAGACUGAUCUAUUUUAAUACUGCUUACCACACAUUAGUCUAAUAAUCUCCCAAAUUAUUCUCUUCUUUUUGUCACUUUUAAAGCUUUGAGGUCCUCAGAAGAACACUGAGAUAUUUCUUAAUGACCUCUCUCUUGUCGUUGCUGUUUUUCAACAUUUUAUUUCAACCCAAAAUAUGCUAAAUUGCAGGAGUGAGUCACUGUUGACAUGCUUUUUUCUUUUGACUGAGAGUCAGUGAUUAUUGUAACACAAUCAUCUAUUUUUGGCUUUCUUUCACCGUCACACAGGAUUCAUCAAAUCUGACCUCAGGCGACAAAAGGCCAACCAGCAGAUUGAGGUGCAGUCAGCGAGUGUAAGUACAUCUGUGUGUGCUACAUCAAGUCAGAGGUGGGAUCUUCACAUCCCCGAGAGAGGGAAUGUGUGAGAUACCGCCCUGUCUCUGUGCUGAACGCAGAGCCCUUGCUGUGCAGCACACUACUGCAGGCAUGCACGCUGGGGAUUGCAGGGGUUGCACUGCUGCACUGGUUAAAACUUUCUCUUGAAACUCACUUAUAACACUCUCACUCUCACACCAAUUGCACAAUUCUGCUCUGUCUGACAGCUCGGCAACAGACCCUAACAGCACAGUAACAUACUCAUCCAAGAAGACCAAACUGUUGUAACUAACCUUGUGAGGAACUUUGUAACAACCUUACGUGCAGAUGCGAGCUAUCAAACAGAUCAGUACUAUCCACGCAUUAAUUUGUCUGAAGUUUUAAAGUCACCAAAACAACAAUGCAAACCACUGUUAACACAAAAAGAGGUUCAAUUUUUCUAUUUAAUCUGGGAUGUACAUCUUUAAAAAGGUUUUGUUUAAUAGUUCACAUUUAUACUCCAGAUUAAAGCUUGUACCAAAAGAGAAAACUUAAACUGCUUUUAAAUUUCAAUAACAAAUCUCAGUUUGAACAGAAUCCUUCUCCACAUUGCGCGUCCUCUGCUUCUCACUUGUUGCCUUGUUUGAGACAAGCCCUGCUGUCUUGCUUAAUCCUUUCUCUCUCCAUAAACUUCAGAUUUUAACAAUAAAAGCAGCUGAAUCCUGCAAACUAACAGAACUUAAUCCAACUGUAUUAAGACCACCACCACUUUGCUUAAGUUACGAAUGAGCUAGUCCCCUUAAGUGCUAUAGAUUACUUACAAAACAUGCAGAACAGUCAUCAAAAAGCUUUAAUAGGGGAAGCAUGCAGAAGAAGGUUACAUCGUAAACUGUGCAAUUCGCAGCAUGAUGACUGAAUAAAACACCAGACUCUCCUCAGUGCAUGUAGAGGGCAGUAACAGUUGGGAGUGCAGGUUUUGGUGGAGGCAGUGUGGUGGUGGAGAUGGUGUAUUGUUUGGGAUGAUGGGGUGGCCUUUCUGGGCCCCCCAGAGGUGUGACACCCAAGUUAUCAUUCCAGCCUACAGGCUCUGUGUCGUCGGUGCAGGACUACGGGGCCACGGCUCGCAGCGGCCCCUGGCAACAGCAGCCUUGAUAUAAAUCCACAACAUCACUUAAACCAAAACACACAUCUGCAAAGGUAGGGGCACACACACUUUGAAGCUGUUGAACCCUACACGAUCACACUCACACACAUAACGGACAUCUGACAUUACAUUAACCUUUUCUAUAGUGUUAUCUUUCUGUCGAGCCGAGUGUCACUGUCAUCAAUGGUUACUAACAAAUGUGUUAAAGUUGUCUUUUCUUAUGGUAAACUUGUUCAUGUACUGUGACUGUGGAAUAAACGUAAAAUCUGUUAGAUGGAAGAAUAUUUAAGGAAACAGAUUUCAAGCAGUUAUGUUUCUCUGUGCUUCAAAAACAAACUUUUGAACGAGUUCAUUCAGCAUAUGUUUGAAUCUGAAAGCAUCUACUGCAAAGACACAUUAGACUUGAAUACCAAAGUGAUGUACAGAUUAUUCUGAGCUCUGACAAAUUCUUGUUUUCUUUCUAAAUUGUGUGAUGAACUGUUCUAUUUUUUUGUUCUUUUAGGAAAACACCAUACUAGUUUUCCUGCUAAUGUAAUUGCUUUUACAUCCUUUCUCUUUACAGAAAAAGACACUUGAAGUGGCAGGAAGCGUCUCCCCACCUGCAACCCUAGAUGAGGUGAAGCUAUGA